AGCGACUACCGAUGUACCCUGGGAACCCCGCAGCAAGUACGCCUCAUAAGGUUUUUUAGCUGUGCUACAUUACCAAUACCCCGAUUGUUUUUCACCCGGAAAAAAAGCUUUGCUUUUGGCUUUGACCAUUUUCUUCUUGAAGCAGAAAGACAGAUCUUUUUGUGUUUUUUCACGAUCAACCUCAUUUCACAAAGAUCUUUUUCAAGGUCGUUUUUGACCCCUUUUUCCCCCGUAUUUUAUCUCCUCCGAUUGAAGAAUUCUUCAAAACCCUGAAAGCACUACGACCCACCUCGCCACAGACAAGUCCACCACCGAGUACUUAAUUUUCUCGGAGACUGUACCAGGACGACCCGAUACAACAACGAACCCCAAUAAACCCCGCUGAUUUUUACCUCCUUCGCAAAACACGGCAUGGCUCUCCUGCAAGCGGACAGGGUCUUCGUCCCUGUGGGUUGUAAUAACGAACGCCGAAUAAUUUUUCCCCUCGCCUAGCCCAACAUAACAUCGGACGGAGGAUGGCGCGGGGUGCGAAAGUGGGGAGCGGCACCAUAGGUGAGAGUGUCGAUGCGGCUUUGGGGAGGGCGAGAGUCUCCUCGCCGGCGGUGACCGCGACAGAGAGCACGCGCGCCUUCCAGACAGACUUUGGACAUCACACGCCGAGCAAGGGGAGCACAGCAGGUGACGAAGCAAGCAGAGUUGGAGGUGCACCGGUACUAGCAUCGUCGUCCAGCAGGUCGAAGACGACGAUGGACAUGAUGGCGUCGGCAGGGAAAAAGCUCCCGGGUGCGACGUUAUUUCAGCAGGUGCUGGAAUACCUCGAGCUGACACCCUGGCUGCUGGCGCUGCACGGCGCGGUAUUUUUUGGCGUCCUCAGCCUCAUCCUACAGGACAAAAUUCGCGAAAAGGCGCACGAGGAGGCGUCAAUAUCCUUUUUCGCGAAGUCAGGCUUCAAAAUCGGCGCGCCGCGGUAUUCCUCGCAGUACGAAACGGCAUUUGAGUGCUUGUCCUUCGCGAAAAUCGUGCUCAGGUAUAUAAAACGUGCUUCUUCAGCCUUCGUAGAAAAGUGUGUUUCGAAACAACUAUGACAUAGUUCGUCUUUAUCGUGGGGUCCACGAAAGAAGGAAAAAAAAAUGGGUACUUGUAGUGAGCAUUCUUCUCGCGGAUAAAUCAAACACAAAACUCAGGUCAUUGUGCUUCACUUUUGCCCUUUUUCGCUUUCUCGGGGCGCGCACCCGGGAGGAGAAGAGCGCCACGGAGCGGGAGAGUUGGCUGGGUUAUUUCAUUUCGAAUGCGUUCACCGCACUGUGGCCCGCGUCGACGCGGGGCGUCCUGGCAAUUUUCUGUUUCGCGGUAUCCCGAGGGCUGGUGGAAAACCUGUUUUUCGUGGUGCAGUACCUGGAAAUUGUGAACUCCACCACGACACCCGCUUCCCGCCCCGGAAGUACCGCAGACGCCAUCGCCGCCCCUCCACCGGCUCUGGACGACAGCGUGCUGGUUUGCGAAGUGUUCGACGCCGUGCGUUCGGUGUUCCUGAAGUCGAUCCUGAUUGUCGGACUGUUUGUGGGACAUCGCUACAUCCAAUCGGAGAACGAGCCCGAGGAGUACCUGUCCUGGGCGACGUAUAUGGCAACGUUCGGCACCGCCACGGAGCAAUAUGAUCCCAACGACAUCAGGUCGACACACAUGAUGUCAACGCCGCAUCAGGUAUAGUGCGUUCAUUUUUUUCCUCUGGUUGUCUAUCUCGAUGAAAUAGAAUGGGUCUUGACUUCGCUGUGCUUGCGGAAGGGCAGGCAUGUGGUGCUGGCUGCCUGUCUAUACUUCAUUUUCUACCCCCGACUACAGCGCCAGGACCGAGCGUUUGGCCCAAGUAAAGACUCCCCGUACCAUUCGCCGAUAGAUCGGCCGCUGCCGGAUGAGAUCGAGAUGGAGCCGCUCGACAUGUCGGGCACGUCUUCGCUGCCACUCUUGAGUGCGUCCGGGGUCCACCAACCGGACUUCGCCAGCAGCACAGCCGCGAUGCAGAUGUUGCGACCGAGUCCCACGCCCGCGACGCCCGACGUGCCAGAGCGCAAGAGGCGGACGCUUAGUGACGAGGCCCCGGACACAAUGCUCUACGCACACCUGGCGGACAACAGCGUAGCAACAGAUAAGUCCUCCCGCGGCACCCCCGACCUCCACGGAGGAGGUGACAAGUCUCCCACUAGCAAAGUGUUUCAGAAGAGUUUUUCGGAAACGCUUGAAAGCGGCGAAGUAGCGGGGGCGGAGCCCAUACCGUCGCCGCGCUCGCGCGGGAGCAGCUCGGUGCCAUCCCGACCGCCUUCUCCGAUGGCCAGUCCAAACGAACCUCCGCCGGUAGACGAGAAAAGCCCGCCAGCGACGUGGCACGGCGAAAGCACCGGGCGAACGGGACUGGACGGCUUGUUUCCCGGUAGUCUGGAUAACAGCGGCACGGUUUCCGCCACGGAUCAGGAGCUGAACGGCGCAAAGCGAGCGCCCUCGAUGGGGAACAAGACAAUCGCGUCGUUUGGUUUGCAACAGAAAGCGAGCCCGCUCAAUCCCUCACCAAGUGCGGACGAUAACAGCUUCGACGACUUGUUCGCCAAACUGGGGCGCCGCCACGCACACACCGUGAUGCUUCCCGCGCCCGAAGUGCCGCUGCACACGCACGACGUGCUGCUUAGCGGGGCCGGUUUGGACUUUUUGGAUCCGCUCGAUAGUUCGAACACGUGGAGCCACCCGCACGGGCAGAAGCUUUUGCAACAUGCGAUGACCGCGCAGAACCUGUCCUUGGGCACCAGCUCUGGCGCAGCAGCCCAGGGAUCAGUGCAUCCCGACCGCGAAGUUUCCGGCGAGUCUUCGAAAUCGCCCGGCGCGGCGCAGCGACACAGACCUGCAACAGCAGCGUCGACUUUCAAAAACGUGCCGGCGCUCACAACGGACCGUAAUUGGUUUCUGAUCCAGCCGAGAAAACCCUGGCAACCCAGACAGUUGUGGCGGAAGCUGCGGUUCUGCGUGUUCGGGCUGGACCCGUUUUCCCAGUCGCUGAACAGCUACGCGCAAUACUUUGCCGGGUUCAUCUUGCUCUGUUCGCUGUUUGAAUGUGUUGGAGAGGUCUUUCUGUUCCAAACCGUGGAUAGGCAAACGUGGUUGGGCCGAAGGUUGAUAACCGGUAAUUGGAGGCACGCGGUCUACGUAGCGCUCUUCUACCCGCUCGAGACGCUGGUGCUCUUCGGACUGCUCUACUUUGUUCGCACGCGCGUCUUGGUCGUGCGGAACGAAGACAACGGGAGCAGCACGAAGACGCUGAGCAAGAUGGGCAUCUCAAUCACCACGAAAACGAAUACGAAGACGACGACUGUUGUUGACCAUGGCAAUCAUGGAAGCAUUGGAAACACCUCCGCCACAGCGACUGCCUCCACCGGUCUCGUGGCUGCUGGCGCUACCGGGAGCAGCACGACGCCGGCGAUCCCCGGGCGCAGUCCGGCGUUUUCAUCCGCGAAUGUCCCGCCGGGCGUCGCGAACAACGACAGACAUUGGAUUUUCGUCGCGGUUCCCGCGCACUGGUCGCGGAUCUUCAACGACCUCGUCCGCGGUUUGAUCUGUUUCGGACUGAUCUUGAUGUCGCACCGGGUUUGCUCCGGCAUGCUGUCCUUCUUCAUCACCAUCGAGUGCAAGCACAUCGAGAACGACAUCAACCAGUUCGUGCUCAAGUGGCGCUCCUACACGCGGAAGCAGCGUCAGGAGCGGUACCAGAAGCUGUCCGACCGGGUGCGGAUCUUGGACAAGAAGCUGUUCGCGAUCUUGCACUUCGUUUUCAGCGAGCACGUGAUGUACAUCGCGUUAGAUGCGAUUGACGCGCGGUGCGCGCUAACCCGGGCCCGGCACUUGGGGCUCUUCGUGUUGAGGCAUCUGAUCGGCGUUUGCCUCGCGUGCGUAGCGAUGUGGCACGCGGGGGUCGUCAACUACGCGAUCUACGAGGGUGUAUGGAGCAAGGUGGAGCGCGAACGACUGCACUUAAGAGACGACCAAGUCCUCUACCGCCGAGAACUGAAGGACUGGACGUCGUUCCUCGCGCACGCGUCGCGGUGGUCGCGGUCGGUGUGCAUCCGGCUGUUCUGGAUGCGGUACGCGCUGACCUCCAACGUCGUAAUGGGCCUUAUCGUGUCGUUAGUGCUCUGGCCCGCCAUUGCAAAGAUCGUGCUGGCAAUUGGCUAACGUGAGUAUCGUAGCUGAUGUUCAUCAUGAUGCACAUAGUCGGCCUCGGCAAACACUGGUUGCUCGGGGACAGGCGCUGCACUGGAAGCGACACUGCGGGCAUUGGGUAGCUCUGUUGUCGCCUCUCAACAGAUACUCAGUAGUGUAGGAAUUAGAACCUUCACACACGUAUGAACAACCCGAUAAAUAGAAGAAAGCGCAAAGUACAAGUAGUAGAACGUAAAGAAACGAAGAAAUCACUGCGG